GUGGCAUUUCUGUUGUUUAUUUAUUCUCGUAUAAUUUCGAAUAUCACUCUAAAAUUAUGGAUAUUGAACAGUUAGAAAGACUGCACGAUGCAGAGCAGAAGUUUGAUAAAGCCUGUCAACAGAUAAUUGUCUUGGACCAGCAGAUCCGUGAUCUAGAGACACUAUAUAAGAGAGCAGUAAAGAGCAAGAAAAAUGCAUUUCGAUACAACUUGAGAUUAAAACUUUCAGUCAUCACUGGUGUAAAAAUGAUGUACCACCACUACGCUGGAACGCAAGCAGAAGAAAUCAAUCGCGCCCGGCAUUCGCUUGGUGGUUACUUUGAGAAUAACAACGACAGUGAAAGUGAUAAUGCCGACGUUAUUCAUGAGGAUCAAGAUGGGGAAGAAAACUAUCCGUCAACCAGCAGUGCGAGUACCAGUGCCAGCUCUAGUUCUACGCAAAGAGAACAACGCAACAGUACAUCGUCUACGCGAAUGGACGUAGAAGACAGUGUCGUGAAUUAUAGCGCUAGCGGAAGUCAGCAUGAAAGUACAGCUAUGACACCAUCAGAUGCAAGCAGUGACUCGGAAGCAUCGUGAUAUUUUGUAAACGAUUAACAGUCGAUAGUUAUUUCUGUUUCAGUGUUUGUGCUUAAUUCUAGUUUAGCCCCCCACAUUAUCUUUAACGUAAUGUGAACUAUAUAUUACUGGGGUCUCAAACUAGCAUUACGCAUCUGUUUGUCUGUAAUGCAGUAUUAUUAAAUUGUAAAUAUAGAUAAAAAAAAUAAAUACGCAAACCCUCUUGUUAGGCGUGACGACGUUCAUUCUAGUCGUAUUCUAAAACUUGCUUCGCUACCUGUUUGAGCUCAGAAUGUCUUUAAUUUGUCUUUAUCUACUUUACAGUUUGUUUGAUACUGGACAUGAUUAUUAUUCUCUAGCCCUGUGUGACAAGGGUCUUCUAGUCUGCCAGGUCCUGUCUACAUGCAGUCUCUAGUGUAACAAACCCAUUGCAUUGCCAUGGAUUUUGAAAUGUACAUUGACCUGUGAUCUGCAGUGGUGAAUUAUGUCUGCAGGUCAUAUAACUGAAUCAUGUCAGGUGUUGGGAAAAUGUGCACAUAUCAAUUAAGGGCGUGUUGGUUUGGUCGGAUCCACGGAUCUCGAUCCACUGAACCCGAUCUGGCAGCCUGCUCCUCAGCCAAUCGCAGCUUGUUCUUUGUUAUGAACCAUCCCGUGAUAGGUCACAGCAAAAUGUGAACCGUUGAAAGUGAGUUUGCGUUUGUUUGGGUUAGGGUUCGAUCCAUGCAGUUGAUUGAGAUCCGUGGAUCCGACCAAACAAACACGCCCCAAAUCAGAGGGAAAGAUUACCUAGCGUGACAGCGGUUGGAGAUGGAGACCAAAAAAUUCACCAGGAGAUUAAGGAUCCCAGUGGCUGCACUUGCUGACGAUAAAAAUAAUCUUGUCUGACACGGGGUUAAAUGGACAGAUGACUAUUGUAUGGAUUUGCUGACGGUCAUUCUGCUCAAUGUAUUGGUCAUUGUGCAUUCUGCACAACUGUUGAGGUUAACCUAUAUUAGCUGUUAUGACGAAGUUCACCACAAGGUCUUGCAGGGAGUAUGCAUAUAUAGCAAGAGUAGAUAAUAACACAUUAUCAUCUACCUUUGAUAUAUAGGUUUUCCAUUUUUAGCUUGCCUGAAUGAACCAAAACAACUUUCAUUGUUCUGUGGUCCAUGUAUUAACAGAAAGCUUUGCCUCUAGAGAUGUUUUAUAUGAUAAUGCUUAUGUUUGCUCUAAAUGUGUUACUGUUGUUCAGUGGUAUUCAUAUAUUGUUAAAUCGUAUUAAUUGUUGUUUAAAUUGACUACGUCACUAAUUUUCUAUGGUAAAAUUUGUAAAAUUUUUGUUGCCAUUUUUUUUACAUUAA